AUGAAAUCUCAAGAGUAAUGGUUGUUGUAUCUUAUGGACGAUAUAUUAACAUAAUACAUUCUUGCCAAAGAUUAAUAAAAGCUAAUUACACAAUUUGAUCGUUCUGAUGAUAAAUAAAGGGAAAAAGAUUAUUUAACAGAAUAUUAUCAGAAAGUCGGAAUAAAAUCUAUAAUUUUUGCUUCACAUGAGGAUUCUAGAGAAACACUUUGUAAUUUAUUCGAUUCUGAGAUGAAGGAUUCUCAACCUUAAAAAAUGAUACCUACAGAAAGUGAAUUACUUAGCUUAUAAAAUUGCUAUGAUGAGGUAUUACAGCUUGAACUUUAGGAAAUAUACAACUGUUUUGUACAAUACUCCAGUAAACUUUUGAAAGGUCUUCCAGUAAUGAAUGAUUAAUAAAAAGUUCAACUUGUUAAAGAGAUUAUAAAGAAAUUAAUAAACAAGAGUUAUGAUGAAUUUAAAAGUUUAGUUAAAUAUAGAGGAAAUGAUGAAUAAUAAUUUUUAUUAUUCUAAGAUUUUAAACGUUUUACAAUUGGUACUUUAAAUGAGAGUGUUCAUGAUUUGAAAUUGAAUAAUAUUGAAUUGGAGAAUUUUACUUAGAAUGAAUUGAAUACUUUUGAAAAAAAUUUUGAGGUAGGAAGGUAAAUAUGCUUAAAGAAAAUUAAAGAAAAUGCUAAAUAGUAAAAGAUUAAUUAUUUAUGA